CAAAUAUGAGGCUGUAUUGCAAGCCCCCAGGACGCAAGAAAAGGUGCAAAUCAUGCUCAAAUACAACCAUCCAUCCAAGAAAACGCUCUCCUCAUUCUCAGUGAAAUACGCACGCUCUACUUGACUCCCAAUAACAGCCGCAGCAGUUCAACACCAUACACAACACAACACUACCAUAUCAAGACUAUACCCACACCAGAUCGUCGUCACCCACACCCCCAAAGCAUCCGCCGUCUCUGUCAAUUCGCCUUUCAGGGUCCAUCACGAUUUGCAUUCGCAUCUGGAAACCUUUGAAAGCUCCGCCCGCACAGUUAUUCCCUGACAAGUCUGACUGUCUUCUGGGGCCUCAUCUGGGAUAACUAUCCAGCCGCAUCCUGGACGCUCCACGAGUUCCUCCUCGCUUACCUGCCAGUUCAUUCAUCCCUCAAACUUGCAACCUAUGCGCUUCCAGCUUUUCUAGCCGACUGAUACCUGACGACUCCAACAUCUUGCAACGCUGCUGACUGACUCCGUCAUACCUGACCGCGUAUAUUCUGGUGCUACCUCAGCUGAGGAAACAGGGGCCCGGGCCUAUAUAUCACCUUGCUCAUAACUCCUGUUAUCCUCGACAUGACAGCUUCCAUGCGUGCCAUCUCUUCAACACUACCUCUAGGCUUUCCAUCCUCACGCUCGCCCUCUCCUCACUGCUCAGCCAUGGCGUCCAAGACAGCUCCAGCUAUGAAUCCCUGGGAGGUUAAUGCUCUCAAUUAUGAGUUUCCUCAAGAGGGCUCCUUCAACGUUGAUGGCACAGUAAACUCUGCAGGUACUUGGCGUCGAGUUCAAGACCCCGUCAUCUACCCCGGGCUCUACGCUCCCAGUGGGAUCGACAUCAUGUCCAUCUUGUUCCGCGUCAUGGGCCGACAAAACCCUCAAGUUGUUCUUGGUCCAGUGGACUGUUCUGUCGCUCUUGUCGUGUGCGAUAUGGGUCAGGCCGAUGCCCCCGUUAUCUAUGUUUCUGACUCAUUCUCCGAACUCACUGGAUACACGGCUCGUGAGGUUCUUGGCCGAAAUUGCCGCUUCCUCCAAGCACCACCAGGACAUGAACGGUCUCUCGACAGGAAGGGUACGGACAAGGUCGCUUCACACCGCAUGCGUCAGGCCGUCUGUGCUGGAAGGGAGAUUCAGAUCCCCGUCACCAACUACAAGAAAUAUGGCCAGCCCUUCAACAACCUCCUCACCAUAAUUCCCGUCCCCGUCGAUGAAACUGGCCGUCGUUACUGCAUCGGCUUUCUGAGCGAGAUGGAUUGAGUAGUCAAGCCUACCGCGAUCUCGAAGUGUUUGAUAACACUCCCGACGACGACUUGACAACACAGAUUGAUAGUCUCAACUAUUGGACCACCAGCGACGUCGUCCAUACAACGCCGCACAACGAAGCAGGGACUCUCUCUGUCAUGAAAUUCCAUAACGACACCAACCUCUUACAGCUAUCGGCAUACCAACCUGGUCUACCAGCCUUCUUCGAGAUUCUUGUCCGACCUGCACUCACUCCACUUUGUGGACUUUGGAGGUGCUCACCCAGUUCCGGUAUCUUUUUGCUUUAAGGCAUUUAUGAAUAUUUACGAUACCCUCUGCAUUGGCAUAUUACUUUUCUCAGUCAACACAUUUAUGGCUCCUCAUUUCAGAAGCACUUCAAGGUGUUCAGGUCUUUUUUUUUUACUAGAACAAAUGGCUAAGCGUUGUUAUUCUGUUCCCGCUGUCUUGGUCUUUUCCUAUCAUAGUCUGAUGAUUUACGCUCCCAUGGUAAGACUUUUGGAUUUUUAGAUUUUAUUAGCUGGAAAUCGAGCUCGGGCUUGCAUAGUACAGCAACGUGGGUCGGGAAAAGACAGUUUCAUUUGUUAUACAUGUCGCUGUCAGGCACGAGCAUACGCUGUUGGGCGCAGGAGGAGUACAUACAUACAUUUGAUUUGAUUUGGUUUGAUUUGUUCGACAUUGCGUCUUGUUAAUGUGAUGGGCCAAACAAGAUGGUCACGAGGGCCUGAGUCAGAGUUGCGUGGAAUCACGACGAAAUACGCUACAAAACAGUAUCUGGGGAUGCUGUGGAUGAUCUGACCGGCUGUCAGAUCAUGGAAAUACAUACAAUAAACAUUCUGAACCAAGAGGAUUUCUUGUUCAGCCGGCAUUUGUCUGUGAUUGUCCCGCAUCAACCGACAACCCUUGUCUCGAUCUCCAGACCUCCCUGUCAUGCCACGAGAUCGAGCCAAGGGUUUGAAAGGUCAAAUCAAUACUGGACUCUCACUGUACACACACUGAUGCCCAAAAACUCAAAAAACAAGUCAAGGGACAGCAAAAUGGGUCUCCGACGUUUCCUGUCACUGCCAAACUUGGUAAAGGCUCAAUUAAAGUUUUGUGUCAGAACUUGGCGAUUGCUUCAACAAGUUAUUAGGAGGGUCAGAGGCAUCAGCUCAGAAGCGAACUUCAUGAUUUUACUAAUAAAUAUAUUCAACGCAAA